AUGGGUAACCAGCAGUCGGGCUUGGGAGGUGCCGGCCAAGGUGGAGAUAAUAAGGAUGAGAAGGACAAGAAGAAGGAAAAGCCAAAGUACGAACCACCACCCCGGCCAACGACUAGAAUUGGCCGAAAGAAGCGCAAGGCUGCCGGUCCGAAUGCAUCUGCAAAGCUUCCAGCCGUCUACCCUACCUCUCGUUGCAAAUUGAGAUACCUUCGAAUGCAGAGAAUCCACGAUCACCUACUCCUGGAAGAGGAAUAUGUGGAGAAUCAGGAACGCCUCCGAAAAGCAAAGGCAGUGAAAGAUGGGAACGUGCCAGUCGCGAACGGUACUGGCGAAGAACCUGAUCGUAAUGCCGAUGAACGAGGGCGCGUGGAUGAUAUGAGAGGUAGUCCGAUGGGCGUCGGUACUUUGGAGGAAAUGAUUGACGAUGACCACGCCAUCGUUUCCAGCACAACAGGACCGGAGUAUUACGUUUCCAUCAUGUCUUUCGUCGACAAGGAUCUGUUAGAACCCGGUGCUAGCGUUCUGCUUCAUCAUAAGUCGGUUUCUAUUGUUGGUGUUUUGACAGAUGAUGCCGAUCCAUUAGUUACCGUUAUGAAGCUUGAUAAAGCUCCUACGGAAUCUUAUGCAGAUAUUGGUGGUCUGGAAUCACAGAUUCAAGAAGUUCGAGAGUCGGUCGAAUUACCUCUGCUUCAUCCAGAACUAUACGAGGAGAUGGGUAUCAAGCCGCCGAAGGGUGUCAUCCUUUAUGGUGCGCCGGGUACUGGGAAAACACUGUUAGCCAAGGCGGUUGCAAACCAAACAAGUGCAACUUUCUUGCGCAUUGUUGGUAGCGAACUUAUCCAGAAAUAUCUGGGUGAUGGGCCUCGGCUUGUGCGGCAGCUUUUCCAGGUCGCAGCAGAAAAUGCACCUUCCAUUGUGUUCAUUGAUGAGAUCGACGCCAUUGGAACCAAGCGAUACGAGUCUACAUCUGGUGGAGAGAAGGAAGUUCAGAGAACCAUGUUGGAGCUUCUGAAUCAACUGGACGGAUUUGAUGAUCGAGGCGAUGUCAAAGUCAUCAUGGCGACAAACAAGAUUGACACUCUCGACCCUGCUCUCAUUCGCCCGGGGCGUAUCGACCGAAAGAUUCUGUUUGAAAACCCUGAUCAGGUUACCAAGCGCAAGAUCUUCACACUUCAUACUUCUAAAAUGUCUUUGAAUGAAGACGUUGAUCUCGAGGAAUUCAUUAACCAGAAGGAUGAUUUGUCUGGAGCCGAUAUCAAGGCUAUCUGCUCAGAAGCUGGUCUGCUAGCUCUCAGAGAAAGACGAAUGCGCGUCCAAAUGGCUGAUUUCCGAGCGGCAAGAGAACGUGUACUGAAAACCAAAACUGAGGGAGAGCCAGAAGGCUUGUAUUUGUAG